AUGGCCACAGACUUUUGGGCUGGCUACAUCAGCGGAGCCAUUGGGAUUAUCAUCGGCAAUCCUCUCGACGUCAUCAAAGUCCGGCUGCAAGCGGGAAACUCACAUGCAGAUGCAUCGUCGGCACAACUGAGCCGUUUCGAAAAAGCAAGCUCUCUUGUUCGAGGCGCUGCUGCUCCGAUCUUAGGCUAUGGAGCUCUCAAUGCUAUUCUUUUUGUUGCUUACAACCGAUCCUUAGCAGCAUUGGACGGGUCCGUAACCGAUCCCACCAAUCCCGUGGGGGUCUCGCCUUACAAGAUUUGGCUAGCCGGUGCCAUGGGCGGACUGGCUAGCUGGUCCAUCUCAUCACCAACGGAGUUCAUCAAGUGUCGGGCACAGCUGGAUCGCCGGCCAGGAGUUUCCUCGUGGGCGGUCGCCAAGGAUAUCUUCCGAACGCGCGGUUGGAGGGGUCUCUACUUUGGGGGCGGGAUUACUAGCGCCAGGGAUUCAAUUGGCUAUGGAUUCUAUUUCUGGUCCUACGAACUUUGCAAACGAUUUAUGACCUCUGAUGAUGAUGGUUCACACCAGGCCGCUUUGAAGAUCCUACUUUGCGGUGGCAUUGCCGGCGUUGUUACUUGGGGCUCGGUAUUUCCUUUGGAUAUGAUCAAGACACGACUGCAGGCACAGACAAUUACAGAUCAUUCGCCCGGGACAAUUGAGAGCCAGUCUCUACUACGACCACAGCGCCAGACGUUGAAUUCUUUACAAAUUGCGAAAGAGACAUAUCGCGCCGAGGGUAUCAAGGCAUUCUAUCGUGGCCUUGGAGUCUGCAGUGUCAGAGCGUUCAUUGUGAAUGCCGUUCAGUGGGCGGCAUAUGAAUGGUUGAUGAAGAGCUUUAAUAAUUCUUGGGACGCACAAGUGAAAACACAAGAGCCCAUAACGGGCCUGUAA